CGGCUGGCUGAACUGCUGCUGGAGCGAGAACCCCUCUGCUCGAGGCCUGAGGCUCCCUCUAGGGCUCCCGCCGAGGGCCCCUCGCACCAUCUGGCCCUGCAGCUGGCCAACGCCAAGGCUCAGCUGCGGCGUCUGCGGCAGGAGCUGGAAGAGAAGGCCGAGUUGCUGCUAGACUCCCAGGCCGAGGUGCAGGGUUUGGAGGUCGAAAUAAGAAGGCUCCGCCAGGAGGCCCAGGCGCUGUCGGGACAGGCCAAGCGGGCCGAGCUGUACCGCGAGGAGGUAGAGGCGCUGCGGGAGCGGGCCGGCCGCCUGCCCCGCCUGCAGGAGGAGCUGCGGCGCUGCAGCGAGCGGCUGCAGGCGGCUGAGGCCUGCAAGAGCCAGCUGGAGGAGGAGCGGGUGCUCUCAGGGGUGCUGGAGGCCUCCAAGGCGCUGCUGGAAGAGCAGCUGGAGGCUGCCCGAGAGCGCUGCGCCCGGCUGCACGAGACCCAGCGCGAGAACCUGCUGCUGCGGACCCGGCUGGGCGAGGCCCAUGCGGAACUGGACUCUCUGCGGCAUCAGGUCGACCAGCUGGCUGAGGAGAAUGUGGAGCUGGAGCUGGAGCUUCAGCGGAGCUUGGAGCCGCCCCCAGGAUCCCCUGGGGAGGCACCCCUGCUGGGAGCAGCCCCCUCGCUGCAAGAUGAGGUGAGGGAGGCAGAGGCUGGGCGGCUUCGGACCCUUGAGAGAGAGAACCAGGAGCUUCGGGGGCUGCUUCAGGUGCUUCAGGGGCAGCCAGGGGGCCAGCACCCCCUGCUGGAGGCACCGAGAGAGGACCCUGUGCUUCCGGUGCUGGAGGAGGCUCCCCAGACUCCUGCGGCCUCCGACCACAGUCCCCAGGGCUUGGCUCAGAAGGCAAGGGAUGGAGGCCCCCAGGCCUUGAACUUGGCUUCCCCAGCAUCAGACUCAGUGCUCAAGGGGUCAGCUGAGUGUCCCCAGGCACCUGAUUCGGACCCACAGGAGGCAGAGAGUCCCCUUCAGGCAGCUACUGUGGACCCCCAGGCCUCAGACUGGUCCCCCCAAGAGUCAGACUCUCCUGUGGAGACACAGGAGUCCCCGGAGAAGGCUGGCUGUAGAUCCUCUCUCCAGAGCCCUGCCUCUGUGGCCCCACCUCAGGGUCCAGGGACCAAAAUUCAGGCCCUGCAGUUGCUGGGAGGAGAGACCGAGGGAAGAGAGGCUCCCCAAGGUGAGUUGGUGCCUGAGGCCCAGGGGUUGAGACAGGAGGACCCUGAGCACAAGCCAAGGCCUUCGGAGCCCAGCUCUGUGCAGCUGGAGGAGCAUGAGGGCCGCAACCAGGGCCUGGACCUGGCCACGGGACAAACAGAGGCCAGAGAGCAUGACCAGAGGCUGGAGGGGAUGGUCGGGAACCCAGCCUGGCAAAAACCACAGCAGAAGUCAGAAGGGGCUCUUGAGGUCCAGGCCUGGGAGGGCCCAGUCACGGGGGAGAGCCUGGCCAGUGGUGUCGCAGAGCAGGAGGCGCUCAGGAAGGAGGUGGCAGAGCUGAGGAGAAAGGCUGAGGCCCUUGGAGCUGAGCUGGAAGCCCAGGCCCGCAAGCUGGAGGCCCAAGACAUGGAGGCUGCCCGCCUCUCCAAGGAACUGGCCCAAGCGCGAAGGGCAGAGGCCGAGGCCCACCGGGAGGCAGAGGCCCAGGCCUGGGAGCAAGCCCGGCUGCGGGAGGCAGUGGAGGCUGCUGGCCGGGAGCUGGAGGCUGCGUCCCAGGAACGGGAGGCGCUGGUGGAGGCGCUGGCAUCAGCGGGCCGGGAGCGGAGGCAGUGGGAGCGUGAGGGGUCCAGGCUGCGGGCCCAGUCGGAGGCCGCCGAGGAACGGAUGCAGGCGCUGGAGAACGAGGGCCGCCAGCACCUGGAGGAGGCUGAGAGGGAGCGCCGGGAGAAGGAGGCCCUCCAGGCGGAGCUGGAGAAAGCUGUGGUGCGGGGCAAGGAGCUAGGGGCCCGGCUGGAGCAUCUGCAGCGUGAACUGGAGCAGGCAGCUCUGGAGCGCCAGGAAUUUCUGCGAGAACAGGAAAGCCAGCACCAGAGGUACCAGGGCUUGGAGCAGCGGCUGGAAGCUGAGCUGCAGGCAGCAGCGACCAGCAAGGAGGAAGCGCUAAUGGAGCUCAAGACCAGGGCCCUGCAGCUGGAAGAGGAGCUGUUCCAGCUGCGCCAGGGCCCUGCGGGGCUGGGGCCCAAAGAGCAUGCGGAGCCUCGGCUGGUGGAGACCCAGAAUGUGCGACUUAUUGAGGUGGAACGCAGUAAUGCAACACUGGUGGCAGAGAAGGCAGCUUUGCAGGGGCAGCUGCAGCACCUGGAGGGGCAGCUGGGGAGCCUGCAGGGCCGUGCCCAGGAGCUGCUGCUGCAGAGCCAGCGGGCGCAGGAGCACAGCAGCCGCCUGCAGGCUGAGAAGUCUGUGCUGGAGAUUAAGGGCCAGGAGCUGCAUCGGAAGCUGGAGGUGCUGGAGGAGGAGGUGCGGUCGGCGCGGCGGUCCCAGGAGGAGACCCGCGGGCAGCAGCAGGCCCUGCUUCGGGACCACGAGGCCCUGGCACAGCUGCAGCGGCGGCAGGAGGCCGAGCUAGAGGGACUGCUGGUGCGACACCGAGACCUCAAGGCCAACAUGCGGGCACUGGAGUUGGCCCACCGGGAGCUGCAGGGCAGGCAUGAGCAGCUGCAGGCCCAGCGGGCCAGCGUGGAGGCACAGGAGGUGGCCCUACUGGCAGAGCGUGAACGCCUGAUGCAGGAUGGGCAUCGGCAGCGGGGCCUGGAGGAGGAGCUGCGGAGGCUUCAGAGCGAGCACGACAGGGCUCAGCUGCUGCUGGCAGAGGUGUCUCGGGAGCGGGGUGAACUUCAGGGUGAACGCGGGGAGCUACGGGGCCGGCUGGCGCGGCUGGAGCUGGAGCGGGCACAGCUGGAGAUGCAGAGCCAGCAGCUGCGCGAGUCCAACCAGCAGCUGGACCUGAGCGCCUGCCGGCUGACCACACAGUGUGAGCUAUUGACACAGCUGCGGAGUGCCCAGGAAGAGGAGAACCGGCAGCUGCUGACUGAAGUGCAGGCCCUGAGCCGGGAGAACAGGGAGCUCCUGGAGCGCAGCCUGGAGAGCCGGGACCACCUGCACCGAGAGCAGCGGGAGUACCUGGAACAGCUUAAUGCCCUGCGCCGAGAGAAGCAGAAGCUCGUGGAGAAGAUCAUGGACCAAUACCGCGUGCUGGAGCCUGGGCCCCUGCCCCGGACCAAGAAGGGCAGCUGGCUGGCAGACAAGGUGAAGAGGCUGAUGCGGCCCCGGCGGGAGGGGGGCCCCCCUGGGGGGCUGCGCCUGGGGGCCGAUGGGGCUGGCAGCACCGAGAGCCUGGGGGGCCCCCCGGAGACGGAGCUUCCUGAGGGCAGGGAGGCAGAUGGGACAGGUGGGUCUGGGGGUCAGGUGGCCAGGAUGGUCCCUGCCCCACAUCCUCUGCCCCUACCUUGGCACCUGCCUCACUGCCUGGCCUGCAUGCAUGACCCCAUUGGCCUUCCCUGAGGCCUGCUCAGCCUGCCCUGAUGCCACCAGGGGCUCUUUGCCCUGGGCCCUGCAGGGUCACCCUUGGCCCACACCUCUCUCCUGCCUGUGCUAUCCCCCACCCAGCCUGCCCCAUCUGCAGAGGAGCCCAGGAUCUGGGAGGUGCAGAGGACUCUAGGGAGAGGUCAUUGAUCCUAGACUGCAGAUGAGGAGACUGAGGCCCCGGGAGGGGAAGCUCCUUGCCCAAGGUCAUGCAGUGAGUUAGUGUCAAGGCCAGCACAGGGCCAGCGUCCUGCUGCCCCCUCAUUUGCCUGGCUCCUACCCCCUCUCUGUACCUCCUCUCCCUGGCCCUGGGCAGCUUCACCCACUGGCCCCUCCACUCCACCCAGGCCACUGCUCUUCUGACCCCCUCCCUACAUGAGCCUCAGCCCCCUUCCCCUCCC